GGCAGAGUGAUUUUUACAGGAAGGGAAAAUUAAACCUAAGAACAACAGCAAAGAUGGUUCAGAUGAAACUGGAGAGACAGAGGAGAACACAGAAUGUAGAGGGGGACUUCUAUGUUGAUCACAAAUGUAUAAAAUUGUGAUGUCUGCCGCUGGAUGGCUCCGCAAGUUUUUGCUUUGGUGGACAGGAAGCCUGCUGUUUAUAAACAACCAAGUUGUGGGAAAGAAAGGCUAAAUGCCCUUCAGGCUUUACUUUCCUGUCCGACGGGCUCUAUCAAUACAGAGAAACCUGCUCAUGAUAUUCUAGAAGUACAAGAAACUUUUCCACUACCAAUCGACGAGCAGAGAAUUCCAGGUGUUUAUCACUGUGGUUAUCAUUCGGAGGCAUCAUAUGGAGCAACGUCAUACUUCAUUACUCAUCCUGAUGGAAACAUACUUGUAGACAGUCCAAGAUACACAGAGAAACUCGCACGUAAGAUUGAGUUGCUCGGGGGAGCCCGCUACAUGUUUCUCACUCACAAAGAUGAUGUAGCAGAUCAUAAGAAGUGGUCAAAGAGGUUAGGAUGUCAUAGAGUUCUUCACUCACAAGAUGUCGAAGAUCAUACAGCUGAUGUAGAGACAAAGUUAGAAGGUGGUGGCCCAUGGAACCUUGGGAAUGACUUUGAACUUAUCCACACUCCAGGACAUUCUAAAGGAUUUGUGAGCUUAUUCUACAAGCCACUCAAGGUCAUAUUCACAGGGGAUCAUUUUGGCAAAGAGCAGUCUGAACUGUCUAUUUGGGUACAAUACAAUCAUUAUUCAGUUCCUCUUCAAAUUGAAAGUGUUCAGAUGUUGUUGGACUUCGAAUUUGAGUGGAUCUUACCUGGCCAUGGGAGGAGAGUUGAAUUUGAGGACACCCAACAGAAGAAUGAGGCUAUAAAGACUUUCUUGACUGUCAAGAGAGAAGCUCUAUGUCACUUCAUUUGAUAACCAUUGCAUGGUCAUUGCAGUACUUCUUUCUAUUGUAACUGCAACACUAUCUCAAACAAAGUUCUAAUGUAUAUAUGUCAGUAAUAUGGCUUUUAUAAAUCUCAACCCUUCAUUGGUUCAUACUCCCUUCAUUUCUAGAAAAGAGUUACCAUCGCAUUUUCAUUUUGGCUAAAACUAAGCCAAUUCGGAAAA